CACACAGCCUCGAGCAGGGACGGUAGAUACAGGGAAGUAAAACACUCUCGGGUCUGGACGCGGGACGGGGGAGUAGGGAAUGGAAUCUCGUCAGAUGAUGUCGUGGAAUGCCAAUAGCCCGCUCUAGACACCGUUACAGUAGCCCUAGAGUGAUCCUAGGCCCUCAGAUAUAUGAAGGCCGCCAUGCCCGCGUCGCAAGAUGGCGCUCAUGCACGCGACCCCCUAAUCAAAGCGACAUCCCGUCCGCCUCCCGCUCGGAGCACUCCGAGAUCCCAGGCUUUCCAAUGACUACGACUAGUGUCGUCUUCUUGUUGCUGUGUCAGCUAUUUUGCCUUGUAUUAGCAGUUGACCCUACCGUCAACUUAAUAUGCAACAAGUACACGGGUUACUCUACUCCGAACGGCAUCACACAAUGGCUUGGCAUACGGUACGCCGCGCCGCCACUCGGUGAUCUUAGAUUCGCACCUCCGCAAGAUCCGCCAUGCAACAUUACCGCCACCCAAGAAGCAACCCAGCACGGGCCUAUAUGCAUACCUUCUGGUGCAAAUGCGGCACUCGAUAACACAUCGGAGGAUUGCUUGUUCCUUGACGUAUAUGCGCCAAGCAAUGCGACGCGGAACUCCAAGUUACCCGUGUUUUUCUUUAUUCAGGGCGGAGGAUUUGCCGUCAACAGCAAUCCGAAUCUUAACGGAUCGGGCUUGAUCGAAGCUAGCGACUACAAUAUCGUCAUCGUUACCUUUAACUAUCGCGUGGGUGCAUAUGGUUUCAUCACGAACGGCAACCAGAUCAGACCCAAUAAUGGGUUGCGCGAUCAGCGGAAAGCUCUCCAAUGGGUAAAUCGGUAUAUAUCAGCAUUUGGUGGCGAUCCGGGCCAUGUCGUUUUAGGCGGAGAUUCUGCUGGCGCCGCUAGCAUAAGUCUUCAAAUGAUCGCCUACGGAGGCAAGAAUAGCGGUUUAUUCCAUGGCGCUGCUGCGGAAUCCGUUUCAUUCGCCCCGGUUUUGACCGUCGAGCAGAGUCAGUAUCAAUACGACAAUUUCACGACACGUCUUGGUUGCACCGGCAACAAUUCUUUGGCUUGUUUACGAAAUAAAACUUCCACGGAACUGCAGACGGCAAAUUUACCAUACCCUUAUCCUGGCCAGAGUGGACCGCCGAUUUACAUGUGGAAUCCUGUUAUCGACAACGACUUCCUCACCGAAUUGACUUACAGUGCGUUUGCUAAAGGCAACUUCGUCAAGAUUCCCGUCAUCUUCGGCGACGACACUAAUGGAGGGACGGUAUUCACGCCGCGGGAAACAUCAACGCUUCAGGCGAGCAAUCAGUGGAUCCAGCAACAAUUCCCAAAUAUAACACAGGACCAAAUGCAGAAGAUCGACGAAAUGUACCCGAAUCCAAACGACACCUGUCCCAACACCGGUUGCUACUGGCGGCAGGUCAGUAACGUCUACGGCGACAUGCGCUACAUGUGUCCGACGCUGUAUAUAUCAUCGGCCAUGACCAAAUACGGUGUCGGUAGCUCAUACACCUACCGCUACAACGUCGAGGACCCAAUGCAAAUAGCAGACGGGCUCGGCGUUCCCCACACGGUCGAGCUAGCGGCUAUAUGGGGGCCUCGGAACGCGCCCGGCGGCGCGCCGAAGAGCUAUACCUCCAACGGCACUAAUAUCGAAGUCAUCCCCGUCAUCCAAGCAUACUGGACUAGUUUCAUCCGCACGCUCGACCCGAACACGUUCAAGAACCCCGAGGCGGCGACUUGGGAGAAGUGGGACUCGAGUAAGGAGAAUAGGUUGUUGUUUGAGACGGGAGGGAAGACGACGAUGGAGAACGUGGAUGAUGAUACGAAGACCCAUUGUGAAUACUUCGCUAGUAUAGGUGUUGAUAUACAGCAAUAGAUUAAUAUGUUCUUAGGUGCUUGGGUUCCUUGAUGGCGUUGUUGGGAAGAUGGUUUGUGGGUAAGUUCCUUUUACGACGUAUCACUUAAUCAACAAGGGACAUAAAUUGCGC